UAAUACGGCUGUCAUAGAAACCAUGAGAUGUCAAUAUGGUGGACAAAUCACUUGGGAUGUUUAAAGAUUAGCGAAGAUUUUCGCUGUCAUUUUUGCUGAACUUGAUUAACUUGUUAACAAAAUUAAGGAAAUGGGUAUAAGAAGUCAUUCCAUCGAACUGCGGCUCUUGCUUCAAGUUGUUAACGAGAAAUGAGCGUUGCAGUACCAGAACAUUCAGAUGGCUGGCGCGAAGCCUCAAACAACACAGAUGGUGAACCAUGUCAUCACUCGUCAACAAAAAUCAGUCCUAAGGAUUCUCGCAACGCGAAAGACAAAGCAUCUUCAUCUUGUGCAAUACGUUACUUAGAAAGUGGGAAAUUACCUUCCAAAGAAAUUUUGCCCUCUAUAAGCAGCAGAAAUAAUAAUAACUCACUAUUUAAAAUGUCGGGCAUCACGAAGGAUUUUAUUCCCCUUGAUAUUUUAUCAAGUUUAACUGAAAUUCCCUCACCUCCUUCUAAAGAACAGUUGGGUCCUCCCAGCAAGUUCAAAAAUAAUAAAGUACUUGAGAAACAAACUGUAAGAAAAAGACCAGCUAACGUUUGGAAUCACGUCAAAGGUCGUGAAAAGUUGAAACAUCUUGUUGAAAACCCUCCUUGUUUAUGUGGAGCAGGACGGGAUAUUUCAUUUCUUUAUGAUGCCUUACUUGCAAAAGAUGAUGCAAAAAGAAGAGAAAAAUCUAAUGAAACAAAGGAGUCAGCUUUAUCAAACAAUAAGGCAGCAUUAGCAAUGACAACUGCACAAAUUCCAAACACCCUUGUACCAGCUGAAUUUCAUUUGGUAAAAGAACCUGGCGCAUAUAGUUUAGAAUUCUCAGAUGAUCGUCAUACAACACAUUUAGAUUCACAUGAAGAACAUGUCACCAUCUUUCCUUCAAUGAAACCUACGAGCAGACAGGAGGUGUUAAAAUUAAAACAUGCCUUUGAAGCAAUGCUAUCUCGGGCAGGAGUUGAAGACAACUUUAAAGAAUUAAGUGGACCAACACAGAUUCACAACUUAUUGGAGUUGGUAAAAAAGGAACAGAAUAUUUAUAAUAUUGUCUUCAAUGAGUUAAUCAGACAAUGUACAAUUGAAUGUGUCGAACGAGGAGAGCUCUUGGCAAAUCUCAGGCAAAAAUAUGUACAACUCUUGGAUAGAAUACCAAGACAGGUUAUGAGUCUACAUCAGGAAGUGUUGGCUCAAAGAGCAUUAGAUCGACGUCUGACAGAGGAAUUGAUGAGAUUCAAAGAAAAUGUUUCGUCAUUGACAAGUGAACUUAAUGCAGUAAAAGAUCAUGAUAAUGCAAUUACAAAACAAGCUGAACAGAUCCAGCAAGAACUUAACGAAGCUUUAUUAGAGUCAGAAAAAAAUGCAAACUUACUUGAAGAAUAUCACGAGUUGUAUGAUCUUCAAAGAAAACGACUGGAAACAUUUGUCCACAAUUUGAGCGAGGAUCGUGAUUUAUGGAGUAGCGCAACAUAUAUUCUUGCUUUAAAAGUUGUUGAUCAUCAUAAGCUAAAUGUAGCAAAACGUUUACAUCUGCAUGAGCGAGCUUGGUCAAAAUUAAUGACGCAUUUCUCCUUGAUUCUAAGUCAAAAGGAUAGCGAACAGUUGCAAGAGGUCGUCAACAGUUUUCAAUCGUGGAAGGAUCUCGCCGAGAAGUUUUUUAAACAAAUGAUUAAAGAUGAAGAAAACCUUAAAUCUAAUCUUGAUGUUGCUGUAAAUCAACUUCUAAAAUGGAAGAAAGAAUUUCAAAAAUUUAUAAGUUCUGAUGGAGGUCAUGUCCAGGUCCCAGAAAAAAUAUUGAUUGAAGAACUGUUGUGUGACAUGAAAUCUUGGGAAGAAAUGUGUAGUAAAGAAGGUGAAAAGUUCACUGGAGGAAGUCUUUUAUCAUCUCAAGAACAUCUUAUUCUUUUGUACCACAAAGUCGAGGAAUGGACCGAUGUCGCUCAUAAGAUAUUUCGUCGACAUACAUUCUGUGAUCGCAAUGUCAUAUACACAGAAGAAAUGAUGACAUUAAAUAAAAUUGUGGAGAAAUUACACCAACAGUUUCAAAUAAGAGUUAGUGGAGAAAACGGUGUCGCCAAAGGACUGAUUUGCAUUAGCAACCGUAUGGAAUCAUGGUGUAACAAGCUACAGUCUGUAGUCAAUGGCGGCGAUGAACUUUUGGAUUCAGAGUGGACACGACUGGCUGAACAAGUGGGCAAUGAAUGGCUGGAAAACAUUAAUGAAGUUAAAUAUAUCAUUGGCUCACAAAUUAAAGAAGACGAGCGAAAGGAAAACGACGAGUCCCAAAAUUCUGUAGAUUUUAAUGAACUAUGUAAAUUGAGCAGAAAAUGGCUCACUAACAUGACCAAUUCCAUUGAAAAUGACGACGGAAAACUACUGCAGACUGUGAACGAUCUUCACACGACUAUGUUAAAGUGGAUGGUGACGGUUUUAAUUCGUUUAGCUCCGAAUUUAGAUAACGGUGAAUUGGAGAAAAUUGAUGGCAAUGAUAAUUUUAAAGGAGCUCUGGGAGGUAGUGAAAUUUUGCUCGAAUCAACUUCUCUUCAGAUUCAAAAUCGUAGAGCUUGUUUGGUUGAUGAACUGAGAACAUACACCAAGGUGAUCAAAGACGCCUGUACCAGUUUCGUGAUGGAGAGUACGUUGGAGAAGAAAAAUCGAUAUGAAGACGAUGCUGAGGCGGAAUGCAACGAUCUUAAAAGGAUUUCUAGGGAAUGUGAGGGAUGGGUAUGGGCAUCGGAGGUACUUCUUAAACAGGUCGUUGGUGAGCUUCCUGUACGUGGUGUGGAUGUUGAAGAAUUGCUUGCAAAACCUUCAUCGGAUGGCUUAAACAAAGACAAGGAAAGAUCAUUGCGUGAUUUGGAAGAGGAAGCCAUUACCAAACAAGAUAAUUCUGUAAAAUCUAUUGAUUUAGAGUCAGAGAAAGAGACAUCAGCUGUUGCUGCUGUGACAACCGAAGAUAAUGAUGAAGAUGAUAAGAAAGAAAGUGUUUCUUCUGAUGUGACUAAAAUUAAAGUAAUAGCUGAGGACGAGACUGUAACAACGAAAGAAUUAAAACAUAUAGACGAUGUAAAGGAGGAGUCCACUGCCGAAAUAAAUGAUGCAUCUUUUAAAGCUUUAGAAACAGUCGAAAGACUUCAGAAUGAACUAAUAGAAGCUGAAAAGAGGUCAGUUAGCAGAACAACGAUGAUUAGAUGCUGAAGAUGAACUAAAGAGCGCCUUGGAGAAAAUUCGUUUGCUGGAGGCCGAUCAGCUCGCGACAUAGUUCGUGCCCUACUUCUUCAACAAAACCCCCUAAAGAAGCGUUAUUCUGCUGUUCCAAAAAGCCUCAGCACCUUCAAAAGAUGUUGUCAAAACAGAAAUCACGAAAAUGUUACUGGUUCCUCGAAUGGUCGGAAAAAAUAGUAAUUUUUAUUUUUGAAACGUGAAUGAUACUGAUUCUCUUUUAAAUAUUUAUAUAUUGCAUUUCGUGUGAAUCUUGCAUGAGCAAGCGCCAAAUUUCGAAACUAUUAAAAGUGAAACCAUA